AUGGCGCCCAAGAAGAAGGGAAACAAGAGACAGGAGGAGGACUGGGAGGCCGAACUCGGCGAAUCUGCCCCGGCCGCUGCCCCAGCUCCCGCCGACGAUGCUGCCGCCGCGGAACCGGCUGCUGCCGAAGAGGACAACAUGGGAGGCGGCCUACUCGCCGCCGUCAGGAAGAACCGGAACAAGAAGGCGAAGAAGGGAAAGCCGGUGAACGACUUUGUCGAGGGUGAGGACGCCUCCGAGCAAGCGAACGGGGAUGCUGGAUUCGAGAGCAAGGCGCCCCAAGAAGGAACGUUCGAUGACGAAGACGACGUUUUUGCCGGUAACGCAAAGAAGCCCAACAAGGCUGCCGCCAAAGCUCCCCCUCCGCCGAAGGAUGAAGACGAAGGUUUCCGUGUGAAGUCUAAGAAGGAGAAGGAGAGAGAGAAGAAGGAGCGUGAAAAGCAGCGUAAGAGGGAACAGGCUGCCAAGAAGAAGACCGCCGCUCCUGCUGAGAAGGCUCAGCCCACCAAGGCCGAGGCCAAGAAAGAAGAAGCCGCCCCUGCUCCUGAACCCGCCGUUGAGGCUCCCUCGUCCAAGAAGAAGGUCCCCAAAGCGCUUGCUGCUCUGCAAAAGCAACAGGAACUCCUGAGGAAACAGCGUGAAGAAGAAGAACGACUCCUUGCUGAGCAGAAGGCUGCCGAGGAAGAACAGCGUCGUCUCGAUGAGGAGGAAGAGAGGAAAAGAGAAGAGGCUCGUCAACGGAAGAAGGAGAAAGAGAAGGAGAGAAAGGAGCAGCUUCGUAAAGAAGGAAAGCUCCUCACCAAGGCUCAGAAAGAGGCCAAGGAGCGCAACGAGCUUCGCUUGAAGCAGAUGCUUGCUGCUGGUGCUGGCAAGGUUGCUGGUCUGGAGGAUAAGCAGGCCGAAAAGAAGAAGCCCGUAUAUGAGAACAAGAAGAAGAAGAAGGGUCCCUCGAAGCAGGAAGAGGAUCUGGAAGCCGCCGCUGCCCGCGCUCGGGCGCAGCGUGAAGCUGAGGAGGAGCGCCGCAGAAAAGAGGAAGAGGAAAAGAAGGCCAAGGCCGAAGCCGAAGCCGCCGCCGCUGCUGCUGCUGCGGGUGAAGAAAGUGAGCUUGAGGAUUGGGAGAAGGCCGCUGAUGCCGAAGACGUUAAGGACAGCUGGGAUGCUCCCUCCGAUGAUGAGGAGUCGAAGACGAACGGUGCUGCACAGACUACGCUUCCCGAACGGCCCGCCGGUGGCAAGGGAGCUGAGAACGACGAAGAUGAGUCUUCCGAGGAGGAAUCUUCGGAUGAGGAUUCUGAAGACGAGGAACAGUCUGCUGCUCAAAAGGCUGCGGCCCAGCGGAAGGCCGAGGCCGCUGAGCGGAGAAAGAAGCAGCACGAGGAGGCGCUGGCGGCUCGCUCGAAGGAUAAUCUGCGCUCUCCCAUUUGCUGUAUUCUGGGUCACGUCGAUACUGGUAAGACGAAGUUGCUGGACAAGAUCCGGCAGACCAACGUUCAGGAGGGCGAAGCUGGUGGUAUCACGCAGCAGAUCGGUGCCACUUACUUCCCCCUGGAGGCUCUGCGCCAGAAGACACAAGUGGUGAACAAGGAUGGCAGCUUCGAGUUCAAGAUCCCCGGUCUGUUGAUUAUCGAUACCCCCGGUCACGAGUCCUUCUCCAACCUGCGGUCGAGAGGUUCGUCGCUUUGUAACAUUGCCAUUCUGGUCGUUGAUAUCAUGCACGGUCUUGAGCCCCAAACUCUCGAGUCCAUGCGCCUGCUCCGUGAUCGCCGCACGCCUUUCAUCGUCGCCCUGAACAAGAUCGAUCGUCUCUACGGCUGGAAGAAGAUCGACAACAACGGUUUCCAGGAGAGUCUGGCUAUGCAGAGCAAGGGCGUUCAGAACGAAUUCCGCAGCCGUCUCGAGCACACCAAGCUCCUCUUCGCCGAGCAGGGUUUCAACUCGGAACUCUUCUACGAGAACAAGUCCAUGGCUCGCAAUGUGUCCCUUGUGCCCACCUCCGCCCACACUGGCGAGGGUAUCCCCGACAUGCUGAAGCUGCUGACCACCCUGACUCAGGAGCGUAUGACCAACUCGCUCAUGUAUCUGUCAGAGGUUGAGUGUACUGUUCUUGAAGUGAAGGUCAUCGAGGGUCUCGGUACUACCAUUGACGUUGUCCUGUCGAACGGUAUUCUUCGAGAGGGUGACCGAAUCGUUCUAUGCGGUCUUAACGGACCUAUAGCGACGAAUAUUCGAGCACUGCUUACACCAGCCCCCCUGAAGGAACUCCGUCUCAAGUCGCAGUAUGUUCACAACAAGGAGGUCAAGGCCGCCCUCGGUGUUAAGAUCGCGGCCAACGAUCUUGAGCACGCCAUUGCCGGUUCCAGGCUGAUGGUUGUUGGACCUGAUGAUGACGAGGAGGACAUUGAGGAUGAAGUCAUGUCCGAUCUGGAGAACCUGCUGGGCAAAGUGUCCAAGGAUCAGCGUGGUGUCAGUGUGCAAGCGUCGACUCUUGGUUCCCUGGAAGCGCUUCUGGAAUUCUUGCGUGUUUCCAAGAUUCCUGUGGCGAACAUCUCGAUCGGUCCUGUGUACAAGCGUGAUGUGAUGAUGGCUGGUACCAUGCUGGAGAAAGCCAAGGAGUACGCAGUCAUGCUUUGCUUCGAUGUCAAGGUGGACAAGGAAGCCGCUGCCUACGCUGAGGAAGUUGGUGUGAAGAUUUUCACUGCGGAUAUCAUCUACCAUCUCUUCGACGACUUCACCAAGCAUAUGGCCGAACUCACGGAGAAGAGAAAGGAAGAAGCCAAGCUCCUCGCCAUCUUCCCCUGUGUGCUCAGCCCCGUUGCUGUCUUCAACAAGAAGGACCCCAUUGUCAUUGGUGUCGAUGUGGUGGAGGGUAGUCUGCGCAUGCACACGCCCCUCGCAGCCGUCAAGACCAACGCCACCACCGGCGCCAAGGAAAUUGUCGAUAUUGGCAGAGUUGUUUCCAUUGAACGUGACCACAAGCCUGUCAACGUCGUCAAGAAGGGCUCGCCCUCGGUUGCCGUCAAGAUCGAGGGCUCCAACCAGCCCAUGUACGGCCGUCAAUUGGAAGAGAAGGAUACGUUAUACUCUCACAUCUCUCGUGCCAGCAUCGACACCCUCAAGGAGUUCUACCGGUCGGAUGUGUCGAUGGAGGAGUGGGCUCUGGUGAAGAAGCUCAAGCCCGUCUUCGACAUUCCCUGA